AUGGACACCAAGGACGAAGAAGAGGACAAGGAAGCUUUCGCAGUAGUAGAUAUCGCUUGUCCAUACAAGGUCGGGCAACAUCAGCUGAAGGUGAAGAUAGAUACUGGAGCAGGGGGCAACACACUCCCUCUUCGUAUUGUAAACAAAAUGUACCCCGAUGGCCAGUGGCGCUCUAUUGUAAGGCCACGGCGUGUCCGGCUCAUGGCCUAUGGUGAAACGGUUAUCCCUUGUAUCGGUUCUCUUGAUCUCAUGUGUCAAUAUGAGGAUUCAGGUUGGAGUAAACGGGAGUUUUUCGUGGUCGAUGUACCAGGACCUUCAAUAUUAGGCCUUUCAAGCAGCAAGGCCCUUAAGCUGGUCACUCUCCACACGGUGAAACAAUGUGUUGAAGCACCUAUAAAUGUUCCAGGUCAAGCACCAUGCAUACAGACAGUAGACGACCUUAUUUCACGAUGGCCGGGCCAAUUCGACCGCAUAGGUAACUUCAAGGACCCAGCUACCCUUCUGUUGAAGGAAGAUGCCAAUCCGCACAUAGAUGCCCUACGGAAGUGCAGCAUUCAUAUCAAGGAUAAGUUAAAAGCCGAGCUUGACAAGAUGGAAAAACAGUGUGUAAUUCGUAAGGUAACGCAUCACACUGAUUGGUGCAGCUCUAUCACUACAUCAGUAAAGAAGGAUGGAUCAAUCCGGGUGUGCUUGGACCCCAAGCGCCUGAAUGAAAGUCUCAAGCGGUGCCCUCAUAAAAUCCAAACACUUGAAGAGACCAACCCAUCAUUUGCGAAUGGGAAGUUCUUCACUAAGUUAGAUGCGAAAUCUGGCUAUUGGUCAGUGCAUCUGAGUGAAGAUUCACAAGAGCUGACUACAUUCCGUACUCUGUUCGGGAGGUAUUGUUUUCUUCGUCUUCCGUUUGGGCUUUCAACAAGCCAAGAUCUAUUCCAACAGCGAAUGGAUGACAUAAUAGGGCAGACCCAAGGAUGUGUUUGCAUAGCAGAAGAUAUAGUCGUCAUGGGCAGGACGGAAGAAGAGCACGACCUAAACCUCACAAAGCUGCUUGAGGUGGCCUCAAAGGAGGGACUCGUAUUCAACAGCAGCAAAUGUGUAGUGAAAGCGAGCUCGAUCAACUUCUUCGCGACGAUUACCUCAGAUCAAGGAAUCAGUCCCGAUCCCUGCAAGGUGGAGGAUAUCCACACAAUGCCUACCCCACAGGAUAAAGAGGACCUUCAGAGGUUUCUAGGCAUGAUGAACUUCCUGUCACCCUACAUCCCGAACUAUGCAGACCAAGUCGCUAUUUUGCGUGAUCUCAUGAAGAAAGAUGUCCCAUUCAUGUGGCAAGAGGAUCACCAGGAGGCAUACUGCCAGCUGAAGAAAGCUAUCCAGCAAGACAGCUUGCUGAAGUACUACGAUCCAGGGCUACCUGUCACCCUUGAAGUAGACGCGUCGUCCAAAGGAUUGGGAGCAUGUCUCUCACAGCGUGGAAGGCCUGUGGCAUACGCCUCAAAAAGUCUCUCUCCCUGCCAAGCCCAGUACUCAAAUAUUGAGAGGGAAACACUGGCCCUUGUCUUCGGGAUUACCCGAUUUCACACUUACCUCUUUGGGAGAGACUUCAAGAUACUGACUGACCACAAAACACUUGUGACGAUAUGCAGCAAGCCACUCACAAGUGCCCCGCCCAGGCUACAAAGGCUCUUAGUGAAGAUUCAAGGAUACAACUUCACAAUUGAACACAGACCAGGAACAGAGAUGAUUAUUCCUGACACGCUCAGUAGACUGCCAAAUCCGACGAAGGCAGAAGACAUUCCGCUGGAUGUCCACGUAGAAAGCAUACUACUUGACGAGGUUGAGGACCCAUUGGGUAUCGAUCUGCUCCAUUUCGGGAGCCUCAAGCAAGAAGCACUACAGAAGGAGACUACCAGGGAUCCUAUUCUACAGCAAGUGAAAGAAUUCACUCAUGCUGGUUGGCCUGCAACUAUUCAGGAACUUCCAAACGAUUUGCGCCCAUUCUGGCCAUUUCGUGAUGAACUAGGCAUGUCUGGAGGUGUCCUCUUCAAAGGCAGACAGGUGAUCAUUCCCCAAUCUAUGAGACAAGAUAUCCUUCAGCAACUGCACAAAGGCCAUCCGGGCAUCGAGAAGAUGAGACUCCUGGGGCGCCAGUCGGUUUACUGGCCAAACAUAAAUCGCCAGAUUGACGAAAGUGUCAGACUGUGCAACCAAUGCCAGGAAAGGAUGCCUGAGCAGAGAAGGGAACCACUCCUUCCUCAUGAAAUCCCUAUCACACCUUGGACCAAAGUAGGCAUGGACCUGUUUGAGUUGAAUACGGUUCAGUAUCUUCUUAUAGUCGAUUAUCACUCGAGAUUCCCAGUCGUACAUCGGUUGACUUCCACAACGAGUGCAAGUGUGGCUAAUGCUGUAACUGGCAUAUUUGGCCUUCUGGGAUCUCCUACAGAGAUUAUGUCAGACAAUGGCCCACAAUUCAUCGGUGCCGCUUUUCAGCAAAUGUGCAAGGACUGGGGAAUUACGCAUCAGACCUCCUCACCAAGGUACCCCCAAUCAAACGGACAAAUAGAGCGUACGGUCCGAACAGUGAAAGAGAUCAUACGGAAAACACAGGCAACUGGAGAAAGUACAGCAGCAGCUCUACUAAACCUACGAUGUACUCCAGUGGAUGCCCAUCUUCCAUCCCCAGCCGAAAUGAUGUUCGGCCGCCAAGUCCGAACACUACUUCCUGCUAACCUUCAUUCGAAUACAACAUAUCAAGGACAAAAGAACCAGGAACGUUUGGAACAGCGCAGGGGACGCAUGAAGACAGACUACGAUGUGAUUGGAAGCAAGCAAGAGCUCCAGCCGCUCAGAGUAGGACAGAAAGUCUGCUUCCUGGACAAAGAAUCCCACACUUGGAUUCCAGCUGAGGUGACAAACUUAUGUAAUGAUCUGCAGGCCAGGUCGUACAUAGUCACAACCCCAAAUGGCACGCGACUCAGAAGGAAUAGGGUACACUUGAGAGAUGUCCCACAGAUGCCUCGUCUGGCAGAGCUAACUAAAGAUGCGCGCCUACCUAACACACCUACCCCAAUGAACAAAAGAAUUGCAGACGGUCUUGACCAUGACCAGUCACUAGACCACCAGACAGGAUCCGAGACAGACCCUUACAGAACACGUUCUGGACGCAUUAGUAAUAAACCUGUCCGUUAUCGUUAA